UAGUCUCAAAUUCUGACACCUAUAUAUCAGGAAUUAUAUCUUUAAAUUGCUGGGAGGAUUAAACCAAUUAAUAAAUAUAAACUAGGGCCAUGUGCGGUGGCUCAUGCCUGUAACCCCAGCAACUCGGGAGGCCAUAGCGGGAGGAUCACUUAAGGCAUUCAAGACCAGCCCGGGCAACAGAGCAAGACCCUGCCUGUCUCUACAAAAAUAAUAAAGAAUUAGCCAGGUGUGGUGGUGUGCGCCUGUAGUCCUAGCUACCUGGGAAGCUGAGGUAGGAGGAUUGCUUGAGCCCAGGAGUUUGAGGUUAUGGUGAGCUAUGACUGCAGCACUGUACUCCAGCCUGGGCAACAGAGUGAGACCCUGUCUCAUAAAUAAACACAUACAUACACACUAAAUGAUAUGAUUCUUGUCACAUAACCUGCAAAUUGCUGUUGUGAAUAGUACUCAUUUCAGAUAAUGUUGAGGUUUGCUCUGACCAUUCUGCUGUUCCCAAACAGUGUGAAGCCAACUGGCUGCAGCCUCCUGUUGCUGCCCCUGCCACUGAGGCCCAAGGACAGGAGACCCUUCCGCUGCAGGAGCAGCGGGCAUUCACGAAGUGCACCCGAGGCAAGCCUGCCAGUCAAGAUGUGAAGUUUAACCUGAGGGAGUGCAGCUGCUGUUAGCUACGCCACCAUCCCUCUGGCUUAUGAGAUAGAAAGUUAUUAUUACUUUGAGGAUUAAAAAAGUUAUAUCCAAGCAUUAAUUUUUUUUGUUUGUGUGCAGGUGGAGGCUGUUUUCUUAUUAAAACAUUCAAAACACCAUGUGUCACUCUCCUUUCUCUUUGUCCUAUGGCAGAAAACACCAGCUGAAGAGACAUUUGCAAAGCUCCGUGCCCCUCCCGAGGCUGACGGUGGGAAACAGCUGGUACCCGGUGACCUGCAGCUUCCGCCCUGGCUCUUCACCAGAAAAAGAGGAAAUCCAAGGAAUUUUCUAUGAAACCAAUUGCAGGGCGGGGCACAUACAUCAUCACAAAAAGUCUUAGAAGAGGCAAUUCGGGAGGUAAGGAAUUUGGUUGAUUGCCAAUUUUAUUUCUGUCACUUUUUAUAUUCUUUAUGAAAAACCUUUUUAAAAAGCAUUCAGAGAUCACUGUCAGUGGAGGAGAAAGAGAAGUCAAAGGCAUCUGGUUGCCCAAAGCUGGGUUUUGAGAUUCCUGAUAAGCAUCCAAUCAAUCAAACAGUGUAAACAGCUCCACUGUCUUCACGUGAAUUAAACAUCAGAGUUACAGGAACACCACAGUGAACCCAAUGCAGCAGAACAGUCGUCUUCGGGCAAAGGAGAGAUGGCCACAGCCCUUCUGCGCUUUCUCUAAGAAAGCAUUUCCAGCUCUCCGGUUAGGGUCUCUGCGCUGCACCUUCGGAGGCUGGGCCUGCCUGAGCUUCCACCCCUCACCUGCAAAUGGGGCAAGAACCCCAACUGAGGCAAGCCAGGACUCAGACCUCAAUGGCAACUAUGAGUUCUACCUUUUUUUUUUUUUUUUUGAAACAGAGUCUCACUCUGUCACCCAGGCUGGAGUGCAGAGGCACGAUCUUGGCUCACUGCAACCUGCACUUCCCAGGUUCAGGAGAUUCACCUGCCUCAGCCUCCCGUGUAGCUGGGGUUACGGGCACGCACCACCACGUCUGACUAAUUUUUGUAUUUUUAGUAGAAACAGGGUUUCACCAUGUUGGCCAGACUGGUCUUGAACUCCUGACCUCAAGUGAUCCGCCUGCCUCGGCCUCCCAGGGUGCUGGGAUUACAGGUGUGAGCCACUGCACCUGGCCCAGGCUUCUUUUUAAAUCAGGUUUUAGGUUUUUUUUCAUAAUCUAGUUUAUAUUUUAAAAACAUGACUUUGAUCUAAACAAGUUCUUUUACAUUUUUUUACAAAGUAAAGAGGAUCUCCUGCCUCAUGGCUGCUACUUCUUUCCAGUAAAAAUUAGUCCCUGCAACCUCAACUAAAAUAAAAUUAUCAUAAAGAUCUACGUUGGGCACAGCUAUGUCAUCAAAGCCCUGCUCUGGGUUAAGUGACGAAACACUCGUGAUGCUACAUCAGCGACAAAUCCUCAGAAACCACCAGGGAGGGAGGGAUGCUGUACGGACUGCGCAGUAUCCCCCAAAUUCCUCUGCAGAGGCUCACACCCCCUGGUGACUGUCGUUGGAGAUAAGGUCUUUAAGGAGGCAAUCAUGGUAAUAUGGGGGCUUAAGGGUGGGACCCUCAUCCAACAAGACUGGUGUCCUCCUGAGAACGGAGAAACACUGAAGACCACACACACGGAAAAGACCAGGUGAGGCACAGAACGGGAAGAAGCCAAACCUGCCAGUGCCUUGAUCACGGACUCUCGGCCUCCAGAACUGUGAGAAAAUGCGUUUGGGCCUCCCAGUCUGUAGUAUUUUGUCAUGGCAGCCCGAGCUGACUAAUGCAGGCGCCAAGCCCCUCCAGAGCCACGCAGCACCCAUGGCUGAUCAGCCUGCCAUGCUGGUAGAUCUACCCUGUAGGGCCAAAAAUGCUUCUACCUGCAACUGCCCAUCAAUAACAUCUGCAUGACUGUUUGCAGGGGGGGCAACCAAAGAAAGUUCAGUCCCACUGCACCAACCCAGCUAAUGGAACAGAGUCCCACACGGCACUCUCCUAAACUGGGCAGCGACGCCACUUACUUCCAGAACACAGGGAAGAUUCUGAAGCCUGCCGGGGAGCUCAGUGGACCUGCAUCCACUCACUCAUCCACUCCACAGGCAUUUGUCCCAGGGUCUCCAGCUAUGAUGGGAAGCCAGGAUGCACAGGGCCAGAGGCGACAAACACAUUCCUGCUGGGUCCUGGAGGAGGGAGGCUGGCCAGGAAUAGGGGCGGCAUGAACUGUGCUCGGGCUGCAGGUGCCAAGCACUUACGCUUGUUUCCUUUGGAGUAAAGCAAGAGGAAACGGAGGCUCCAAAUUCAAAUGGCUUUCCCAAAAGCACACAGUUAGAAAGAAGCUGCACCAGACUCCAUUUGAGGACUCUUCUUAGAGACGGCAUACACUGCCUUCUCAAAAAGCAGCUGUACCGUGGAGGAGAAAGUAGAAAAGUGCCACAAGAGAUUAAAAAAAAUAAUAAUAAUGCUCCUGGGCCUGAGAGAGGGAAGCAGUGCAGCAUUUCCGUUUUAUUUCUGGGGGCUAGGGAGCAGAGCAGAACAUUCAGGAAAGACAUGCAUUCUGCAAGCCUUUACUGGGGAUAUACUUUUCGCCAGACAUGCACGUAAAAGAGGAGCCACGUGCCCAGAGGGAUGGGAAGACAGCACGUUCCAACCAUGAAGUCGGGGAGCAGACGGAAGCACAGGUGAGGGAGAGUCCAUGGGAACCGCGAGGCCAGCAGCAGCAGCAGCAGUAGCGGAGCCCACGCGGCAGGAGCAGGAGCCCACACCUGAGCACUGAGGCACCCAGCCACCUGUCAUGAUCCUCGGAGGACUGGGCUACAGAGGCUGCAUACUCCAGCAACCAACUUCUCCCCGCUCCUAGCAGGCCCUUAAGUCGCUGCUGCUGAGCUCUCCUCACCCCCUUAAAUAUCUCUUUCCCACCAAGAUGCAAAAGGCAACACCAUCCUCUAGCAUUUGCCCAGCUCUGUGUGUGUUUAAUUUCCUUACUAUUUGCAAGAAGUCAUUCAAAAUGUUGACAGCAUCUUAACAGUUUGCACAUGAUAUAUCUGCACAUCUUACGGGUUAGCAUCCGUGUCAAAAGUCACCAAUGAACACAUCACAAUCUCUCCAUUUCGAUUCUCUUUUAAAGGCUGCAGAAUGUCUGGCUUAACACUAAGCAGACUUUUUUCUGCAAAAUUACAAGGAAACACUGAACAAGGGCAGAUGCACAAAAUGAUACCCAUGACGCCUGACGAACAACUCCGUGUUGACAGAACAGCUUGUGGCCCUUCCCACCCCAGUGGAUCAGCGCUGUUAUUGCCAGCUCAGUAUCUAUGCCCCUGUCUUUCAGAGAACCUUUUCAGUGUUCCUUUGAGGACCUGCCCCGCUCUUCUCUCUGCUGCUACUCUGAUGAGGCUGUCCAUGAAAGGCCUCCCCUGGCCAAGGAGUGGCAGAAUCUGGGCCAAUCAACCACUCUCCAGGCAACCCAAGAGGUGUCCUAAAUACACAGGCAGCCUGCACCUGUCCCCUGGGCCCGUGGUUCAGUCCAUCCCAAUGCCUCCAUGCUCAAAGCCACCCCCACAUCCUUCAGAUAAAAUCCAUGUCUGCUUGAAUCAGCCAGAAUGGGAUUCUCAUCAUGUUUUCAACCAAGGACCCAAAGAGUCAACUUACCACGGUUCCCAGCUUGAAGGGUAAACAAGUUCUGACAGUUCUAAAAGGCAAAGACCAUCUGCUUAAGGUAAACAUUACCUAAAUUUAAGGACUUUUUUAGUGCCCUAACUUCGGAUGGCAACUCCCAAAGAAAAGAUUCCCAAAAUGGUGGCCAUGGCAACCUCAAUGGCCUGAGUAUACAAGCUCCCCAACUGAUCAAUAUGGCUGCAGGCCCCUUCUCUGGGACGUGAGUCAUUGAACAUCUGAUCUAAACACCAGGUAUGUUCCUUGUUGCUACAGACUGUGCCCUGCAGGCCAGAGUCCAUCCCGCCUCCCUCGUGCAGUUAAGCUCCAUGGAGCUCUCACCAUGUGUCCAGUCCUGGACGAGACACUGGGGUUUGGUUCCUGAGCACCUUGAGCCCAUGCUGGGGAGAGACGUGCAGACCACAUCACACCAAAGUGCACAAGCCACCAGGUGGCGGGCCCUGGCAUCGCCAGCAGGAGCCAUUGGAAUGGCCUCGGGGAAGCAGGACUCCUGAGCUGGGUUGUGAGGGCGUCAAGUGGGUUAAGAAAAGAGGCUUGCCAAGGGGCAGGACUCAGGUGAUCCAAAGCCCCAGGCAGGGCCCCAGGCAGAGGAAGUGGCCUGCCAGGAACUGUGAGCCUGGUUCCUGGUAUCCUCCACAGCGAAGGUACCACAGGUGGGGCGAGACCAGGCUGGAGAGCAGGCAGGGCCACGGAAAAGGGCCUGGGAGCCCAGCAAGGCAAUUCCAUUUCCAUUUCUUUACUUCCUCCAUGACUCCUUCUAAAAAGGCUUAAGAGUGAGGCCAAGGAAUUUCAACUUCAUUCUAAAAGCCCUAGUGAGCCACUUAAAGGCUUAAGCAGGUUCAGGUCUGGGUAGAUUUAUAUUUUUGGAUCUAUUUAUGGGUUAACCCAGCUGUCAAACAUGAAUUGCCACAUCAACAUUCUCUGAGAUGUGUGUGUGUGUGUGUGUGUGCACACGGACUGCACUGGCACACACCAAGGUGAGACUCGGGGAAAUCGCCUGUGCUCAGUCACGUAAGUACAGAUAUAUGUGUUCUGUACACAUAAACACCCACAGGAAAGAUACAGGGGAAAGCACAACCUCAUCAUAAAACAUCUCAACAGGAGCCUGGGAGUUAUCAAACUGUUAAAACUUGAAAAGCUACAAAAUCGCCCUUUAUUUGGAAGAGCUCAAUCAUUCUCGGGAGGGUUGAGCGUCGGGGUGCUGUGUUGUUAGGUCUUUGGGCUUUUUAACUAAGAAAGGACUCCAACCUCAUGGACAUCAUAACGGCAAACCAGUUUCGAUGCUUCUAGACCCCAUCAAGCACAGCUGGGUGGUCCUCUAUCCACCAGCCAGGAAUGCACCCACCGGAACAGUCCAGGCUCCAGGAUUUGGUUCACCCACUGCUCCCCAUGCCAUGGCACCUGGAUUGGGAGUGCCCAGAGCCACAGUACCCAAAGUGUGGCACCAAAAUGGCAGCAGCAGCCUUGCCAGGGGGCUCGUCAGGAAGGCAAGUUCCCAGGCCUCACCCGCCACCCACUGAAUCAGAACUUCUGGGGGUGGAGCCCAGUGAUCUGCAUUUUUUUUUUUUUUUUUUUUUCUGAGACGGAGUCUUGUUCUGCCGCCCAGGCUGGAGUGCAGUGGCGCGAUCUCUGUUCGCUGCGACCUCCGCCUCCUGGGUUCAAGGGAUUCUCCUGCCUCAACCUCCCGAAUAGCGGGGAUUAUAGGCGCCUGUCACCACUACUGGCUAAUUUUUGUAUUUUUAGUAGAGACGGGGUUUCACCAUGUUGGCCACUCUGGUCUCUAACUCCUGACCUCAAGUGAUCUGCCCGCCUCAGCCUCCCAAAGUGUUGGGAUUACAGGCAUGAGCCACCCGCACCUGGCACAGUGAUGUGCAUUUUAACCCACCCUCAGUUAAAACACAGGUGACCUGAGGUGACCCUGAUGCAGGCUAAAGUCUGAGAACCACCGAUCUCAAACCUUUAAGACCAUUUAGCGGCAAGAAAAAACUAGAGAAGCCACAUCUGAACUAGAAAAGCACAAAGGGGCCCAAUGAAACUGCAAACUAGAUUUUCUCAAAAAUGACCAGAACUGCCACGAAAUGAACUGGUCAGGAUAAACUUGACCAGAACCAGGAGUGCCCAGUUCUAAACAGAUGCUGCCAGAGGAAUCUCAAGUGCAGAGGGCCCAGGCCAGCCGGGAGCCCUGCACAUGCAUUAAUAGCACAGUGUAUUUUUUUAUAACAUCCAAAGCACUUAAAAGAAUAAUAUUUUCACUCAUGUAUCUCAACAACUUCCAGGAGAGGAAGGCAAAGGGCAGAUUCUCUGGCUGGCGCAAAGGUUACAUGGUCAGGAGGGGCCCAGGAGCCACUGAGCAGAGGUAGGCAGGGUGGGAGGCCCAGGGAGCUUGUCACCUACCUCCAGCUCAGACACCUUUGCCCAGCUGCCUACCCCAUGGCGAAUCCUAACAGGGAAAUCAAGGCAGAAAUGGGGGAGGAUGCGCAUGGAUUGAUUGAUUGAUUGAUUUUUAGUCAUAGGGUCUCACUCUGUUGCCCAAGUUGGAGGGUAGUGGUGCAAUCAUGGCUCACUGCAGCCUCAAUCUCCUAGGCUCAAGCAAUCCUCUCACCUCAGCCUCCUGAGCAGCUGGGACCAUAGGCAGCACCAACACACCUGGCUGUUUUGUUUUUUGGUAGAGAUGAGGGUCUGUCUCCCUAUGUUACCCAGGCUGGUCUUGAAUUCCUAGCUUCAAGCAAUCCUCCCACCUCAGUCUCCCAAAGUGCUGGGAUCACAGGUGUGAGCCAAUGCACCUGGCCAACUUUCUUAUUCUUAUGUCAACAAAACCAGUGUUUCCCAACCUUGGUAUUCUCCCCUAAAAGUUAAAAAACAGAUACUCAAAGAAAACUCCCAAACUCCCAAACAAGAUACAGCCAUCUACCCAGCAUUCUGCUGACGCAGCAUCAGAUCAAGAUGUGAGUGACAUGACCACCAAUGUGGACAAUGACCAUCACCACACACACACAUUCACACACACACUCACACACGCAUUCACAUUCACACACACGCAUUCACACAUUCACACACACACUCACACACGCAUUCACAUUCACACACACGCAUUCACAUUCACACACACGCAUUCACACAUUCACACACACACACACACGCAUUCACAUUCACACACACGCAUUCACAUUCACACACGCAUUCACACAUUCACACACACUCACACACGCAUUCACAUUCACACACACGCAUUCACACACAUUCACACACACGCAUUCACACAUUCACACACACACGCAUUCAUUCACACACACACAUUCACACACAUUCACACACACGCAUUCACACACAUUCACACACACUCACACACGCAUUCACAUUCACACACACGCAUUCACACAUUCACACACACUCACACACGCAUUCACAUUCACACACACGCAUUCACACAUUCACACACACUCACACACGCAUUCACAUUCACACACACGCAUUCACACACAUUCACACACACGCAUUCACACAUUCACACACACACACGCAUUCACAUUCACACAUACGCAUUCACACACAUUCACACACACGCAUUCACACAUUCACACACACACACGCAUUCACAUUCACACACACGCGUUCACACACACGCAUUCACACAUUCACACACACUCACACACGCAUUCACAUUCACACACGCAUUCACACACAUUCACACACACGCAUUCACACAUUCACACACAUCCAUUCACACAUUCACACACACAUUCACACACAUCCAUUCACACAUUCACACACACACGCAUUCACACACGCAUUCACACAUUCACACACAUCCAUUCACACACAUUCACACACACACACACACGCAUUCACACACAUUCACACACACGCAUUCACACAUUCACACACACGCAUUCACACAUUCACACACAUCCAUUCACACACACACACGCAUUCACAUUCACACACACGCAUUCACACACAUUCACACACACGCAUUCACACAUUCACACACAUCCAUUCACACACACUCACACACGCAUUCACAUUCACACACACGCAUUCACACACAUUCACACACACGCAUUCACACAUUCACACACAUCCAUUCACACACACACACACACUCACACGCAUUCACAUUCACACACACGCAUUCACACACAUUCACACACACGCAUUCACACAUUCACACACAUCCAUUCACACACAUUCACACACACACACACAUUCACACACACGCAUUCACACAUUCACACACAUCCAUUCACACACAUUCACACACGCUUUCACACACGCAUUCACACAUUCACAAUCACAUUUACACACACAUUCACACUCAUACACAUUCACACAUUGACACACACAUACAUUCACACACUCAUUCACACUCACACAUUCACAAAUUCACACACAUUACAUUCACACACACUCUCACACAAAUACACACACUGAAUCUCACAAGCAUGUUCUAUAGGAACAAAAUCCACAGUUUGGGGAAAUUACAUGGGUUUUUCUCCCCACCCUACAAAUAGAAGAACUGCCAGGGGAACUCUCUUGAAUGCGGAAUUGUCAAAAAGAUUUAUAUAUAAAAGUUUCAGGAGAUUUUCUCUUGGCCAGAAAACAAGUGAGUAAUUUCCCUGAGCCCAGCAUAGGUUAAUAAUCAAAGAAGUUCGUUAGGAACUGCCCUGAGCUCAGGCUGCCAGGCAGUUAGUCAUAAAGAGCUAGGUGGAAUUUGCCUACUCAGGCAAUGGGAGGAGUGAGGGAGAGUCACAUCCCCACAGAGAAGCCGGUUUCCUAGAACACUUGUGGGCCAGGAGCUGGCUAGGCCCCCGUGGCUCCUGGCUGCCCCCUCCCUGAGGGCCUGGGUCAGACCCCAGGGAACCAGGUAUCCUUGCUCACCGAGAGGGCGGGUCCCUCUGGGCACACAGGUAGACACACUUCUAGAUAAUUCCACCAGUUCCCACCUGAAACAGAAGCGUGCACCAGAGUAACCCUUGGUUAGUGUGGAUCAGAGGCUGAGGGGGUCACAGAGUUCAUCUGACCUGGGGCUCUCAGUCUCGGGAUGACAAAGACUCAGGGCUGCCCUCGGCAUUGCGGGAUCUUGGGCAGCAUCCCUUACCUCCACCUGCCACGUGCCAGUAAUAACCAUACCACCCUAAAGUUGUAACAACUGCAAAUUGCCCCAGACAUGGCCAAAUGUCCUCUUGGGGGCUACAAUGCUUGCACGCCAUACACCGCCCCCCCCCAGCACCUUCUUGAAGACUGAUCUUGACCAAACAUCUGGAUUUACAGACAGGGAAACUGAGGCCAGAGGUCACAAGGAGAGGCACACUGGCUCUGCUCCCUCGGGUUUUGCGACCUUAUAAGGUGGUCUUCAGUCUGCACCUCUUUCUGAGGCUUCUCCUUUCCCUCCUCAGCCUCACUCCUACAGCCUCCCACCCCCCUCAUCAGUACAAGACACUUCACAGCCCAAGAGACACAGAGGGCAAACGCUCUUUCUUAAGGACAGCUGCUAUCCCAUCACCGCCAGAAGCCUGCUGAACUUAAGCCCAAAGUGGACACUCUCACACUGCGGGCGGGAGAGUAAAAUCAACCAAUUUGGAAAACAGCAGGCAGUUUACGCAAAAGUUAAACAUAUAUCCAGAACAUUUCCCAGCCACUCUACUCCUAGGUAUCUACCCAAGAGAAAUGACCCAAGAGAAAUGAAAGCACGUGCCCAUAUGAAGACUUGUGCGUGAAUGUUCACAGCAGCUCUAUUUGUAAAAGCCAAGAACUGAAAACAACGCCAUCAAUAUCCAUCCACAGGAUAAACACACUGUAGUAAAUCCAUACAAUGGAACAUGACUCAGCAAUGAAAAAGAAAAAGCUACGGAUAUACUUAACAACUUGAAUGACCCUAAAAAUCAUCAUGCUGACUGAAUGAAGCCAGGCAAAGAAGGGGUCCUUUACUGCAGCGGUCCCUAACCUUCUUGGCAUCAGGGACCGGUUUCAUGGAAGACAAUUUUCCCACCGAUGGGAGGCAGGGGGAUGGUUUCAUGAUGAUUCAAAUGCAUUACAUUUAUUGUGCACCUUAUUUCUACUAUUAUUGCAUUGUAAUAUAUAAUGAAAAAAAUUCUACAACUCACCAUAACAUAGAAUCAGUGGGAGCCCGGAGCUUGUUUUCCUGAAACUAGACGGUCCCAGCUGGGGGGGGGACGGGAGACAGUGACAGAUCAUCAGGCAUUACAGUCUCAUAAGUAGCGCCAAAUGCAGAUCCCUCAUAUGUGCUGUUCACAGUAGGGUUUGUGCUCUUAUGAGAAUCUAAUGCCGCCGAUCUGACAGGAAGUGGAGCUCAGGGGGUAACACAAGGCAAAGGGAGUGGCUGUAAAUACAGAUGAAGCUUCACUUGCUGGCCUGCCACUCACCUCCUGCUGUGCGGCCUGGUUCCUAAUAGGCCCAGUACUGGUCCAUGGCCCGGAGGCUGGGGACCCCCCUUUUAAUGCAUGAUCUUAUUUCUAUUUUAUUCUGGAAAAUGCAAACUAAUCCACAGUGACAGACAGCAGAUGGGUGCAAGCAGACGGGCAGAGGUGGUGCCGGUUGCAAAGGGGUACGAGGAAGUGUUGGGGCUGGGGAAUGGUUGCCUUCCAUACCUCGGCUGUGGCUACGGGGGUCAAAACUCAUCAAAUGGUAAACUUCCAAGACUUGGAGUUUACUUUAUGUAAACCACACCUCUGGCCGGGCGUGGUGGCUCACACCUGUAAUCCCAACAUUUUGGGAGGCUGAGGAGGGUGGAUCACUUGAGGUCAGGAGUUCGAGACCAGCCUGGCCAACAUGGUGAAACCAUCUCUACUAAAAAUACAAAAAUUAAUUAGCCGGGCGUGGUUGUGGAUGUCUGUAAUCCCAGCUACUCAAGAGGCUGAGGAAGGAGAAUUGCUUGAACCCAGGAACCCAGGAGGCAGAGGUUACAGUGAGCCGAGAUUGCGCCACGGCACUCCAGCCUGGGUGACAGAGCCAGACUCCAUCUCAAGUUUAAAAAAAAAACCAUACACUUCUCUAAAGAGAUAGACAAAAAUCAAAUAAGUGCAGAAAAAGCAUUCCAACUAUAAAACACACCAUUAAUUUUCACGGUAACUGCAGGUAAUCGUUCACAUCACAUGAGUUCACACCACCCUCUAGGUAAAUCUGGUUCAAGCAGGUGAGGGUGGCUGCAGGUGAGCACACGCCCCACACUGCUAGGACGCCAGUGAGUGGGAAGCAGAUAGAGCAGCCACCACCACGCCCCCGACUAAAGCGGUGGAGAGUUUGGCGACACACUUGGCAUCUGGCCCGUGCACUGGAUUCUGCCACUUCCGGCUCUGCCACCUUCCUCUGUGUAACCCUGGGCAAAUCGCUUUGAUGCACAGAGCAUCCCUUUCUCCCUCUUUUGCUAAUUACAGCACAGGGGGAAAGUAACUUCUAUUUACAUAUAUAAAAAGUUAACUGCCCACUAACAUCUCCAUUAUUAAAAUGUCACAGAAUUUGUGUGGCUUAAAUGUAAGCCGUAUUUUCAGCUAGCCAGGAUUAAAGGUGCUGCAGAUUUCCUAAACUCAGGUGAAUUUUCAAAGGCAUGCCGUUUGGAAAUCCUCCCUCCUACCGGACUGCAGAACCUGUAAUCGCAGGCAGUCAGCUUGCCUCCGUGCCUCCUCCUCAUGUAAUCAAAACCAUCAGUCAGCAUCCCAGCCACCACCAACUCUCAGCAAGGGAAUAAAAGUGAACCAACAGCUGUUAUUUUCUUUAUAACCUUGGUGAGUAAAAAACUGAGUGUGAAUGUGAGUUUCAAAUCACAAAUCGAAAUCUGCAGGAGAGCUGCAAUCUGCGGAGAGAAUUCCCCAAGUACUUCUGCAGACUUAUGGGCUGAUUUCUGAAGUUUCCUUUUCUACUUUAUUAAAACAUCAAAACUGUAGGUGGCAUUACUUGGUACAUACCUGAAGGAAUAUACAUUGUUCUACCAUAAAGACACAUGCAGUUAGUUGUGUGUUCACUGUGGCACUAUUCACAAUAGCAAAGACAUGGAAUCAACCAAAAUGCCCAUCAAUGGUGGGCUGAAUAAAGAAAAUGUGGUACAUAUACACUAUGGAGUACCAUGCAGCCAUAAUAAAAACAAUAAGAUCAUGUCCUGUGCAGCAAAAUGGAUGGAGCUGGAGGCCAAUACCAUAAGCGAACCAGCGGAGGAACAGAAAACCAAGUAUCUCAUGUUCUCACUUGAGCUACACAUUGACACAAAGAAUGGAACAACGGCCACCAAGGCCUACUUGAGGGUGGAGGGUGGGAGGGAAAGGACUGAAAAACUACCUAUCAGGUACUGUACUUACUACGUGUUGUAAUAAUCUGUACACCAGACCCCCAUGACACCCAACUUAUCUAUAUAACACGCCUGCAUGUGUACCCCCUGAAACUAAAAGUUUUUAAAAAUAUAAAAAUAAAGACCCAUGGGUGGCUGGUGUCCAUGGGUCCUGAGUUCGAAUCCUGACUCUGCCACCUUCAGGAGUGGGCGGAUUCAGGCAAGGCUUUAAACUCUCCAGGCUGCAGGCUCCUGACCUGUCAAAUGAGGGUCCUACCACCUCUGUCUGGCAGUGACCAGGAUAACAAAAUGACACAAAGGGCACCCAGCCCCGAACACGGCGUCCUGCAGAGACAAACACUCAAGCGGCAGGUGCUAUUACGGAUUUUAUUCAGUGAGAGGAAGGGAAGAAACCAGGAGGAUGGUUCAGGAAAUGUUCCAUGGAAAUUUCUGGAAUCUGGAGCACGAGCAGCUGUCAGAGAUGCCUGCAGGCAACGGUGUCAC